CCUUCUUCUCCUCUUCCUCAGCAGCUACUGCAGCAGCAGCAUCCCGGUGCCUCCCGGAUCCAUGAAGAACUCCCUCCUGCACGGCUCCCUCCCCGCCGCGAUGGGCCGCAAGCCUUCCACUGCGUUGCUGUGUUGAUAUCGAGAUAUUCCACUUAUUCAAAUAUGAAUCAUGCAUUUGAUAUUUCUGGCCACUUUGCUCGUCAGCGUCCUCUCGCCUUGGCUUCAUCCAUCUCUAGCGUCAUCCGUUUCUCAAGGAGUAGAGGACAAGGUUGAGAGGGAUGCGGUGCCAGUGCUGCUGAAGCAACAGGCAACUGCAGCACCUGCCACAGACAACACAACACACCAUGCAGCAGAGCAUGAGAUCACCUACCCCUCGCGGCUGAUCUACUACCUGAACGAGGACUCAGAGAGCACCUACCAUGACCUGGACACGCGAGUCAAGAGUCAGGCCGCAGAGGGCCAGGCGGUCCACCUUGCCCAGGCCAGUUUCCAGUUAGAGGCGUUUGGUUCCAGAUUUGUCCUGGAUCUAAAGUUGAACAAUGGCUUGCUGUCUUCAGAUUAUGUUGAAAUCCAUUAUGAAGGGGGCAAACCUGUUCUAUCAAAGGGCGGUGAGCACUGUUACUACCACGGCCAGUUGAGAGGGAACGAUAACUCCCACGUGGCCUUAUCUACCUGCAACGGGCUGCACGGGAUGUUUGACGAUGGAGUCUAUGUGUAUCUAAUUGAGCCCUUAGAACAGACUCAUUCAAUCGAUACAGCUGCAAGGCCUCACAAACUAAGAAGAGCAGCCUCCCUUCACUGGAACAAUGAUACAGAGGAGCAGGUGGAGGAGGGGCAGCUCUUCUCGGAGCUGGAUGACUUGUCCUGGCUGAAGCGUAGGAAAAAGCGAGCUAUGCCUCGCAGUGUGUUUGAGGAGAUCAAAUAUUUAGAGAUCAUGAUUGUCAGUGACCACAGUAUGUAUAAACGACACAAAACCAAGCAGCACACGAAGACUUUUGCCAAGUCGGUUGUGAAUCUUGUGGAUGCUAUAUUUAAAGAGCAGCUACAUACACGUGUGGUGCUCGUUGCCGUGGAGAUCUGGACAGACAAGGAUCAGAUCCCCAUCAGCGUGAGGCCGCUGGAAAUGUUGCGAGAUUUCUCCAAGUACCGGCAGCAGAGCAUCAAGCAUCACGCAGACACUGUGCACCUCUUCUCAAAUGUGACCUUCCACUACCGCAGAAGCAGCGCGGCGUACUUCGGGGGCACCUGCUCUAUGAGCCGUGGAGUCGGCGUCAAUGAGUACGGCACCACCUGGUCCAUGGCAGUGUCUCUGUGCCAGAGCCUGGCACAGAAUCUGGGCAUCCAGUGGGACCCAGUAUCCCGGAGAAAGGAAUGUGGUUGUGCUGACCAAUGGACGGGCUGCAUAAUGGAGGAUACUGGUGUCCAACAACCACGGAGAUUCUCCAAAUGCAGUAUUUCAGACUACAAGGAGUUCCUCUUGAAAGGUGGAGGCUCUUGUCUGUUUAACAGGCCGACAAAGCUGUUUGAGACAACAGAGUGUGGGAAUGGAUUUGUCGAGGUGGGAGAGGAGUGUGACUGCGGAGGCAGAGCGGAGUGCUACAAGGAAUGCUGCAAGAAGUGUUCUCUCGCCAACGGGGCUCACUGCAGCGAUGGCCCCUGCUGCAAUAACACAUGCCUGUUCUAUCCACGAGGUUACAGUUGCCGCUACGCUGUGAACGACUGUGAUAUCUCAGAGACGUGCUCUGGAGACUCUGGACAGUGCCCUCCCAACCUACAUAAACAGGAUGGUUACCUCUGCCAGGUCAACCAGGGUCGCUGCUACAACGGAGAGUGCAAGACCAGAGAGAACCAGUGUAAAUACAUCUGGGGGUCAAAGGCCGGAGGCUCGGAGAAGUUCUGCUACGAGAAGCUCAACACGGAGGGCACAGAGAAGGGCAACUGUGGGAAAGAUGGAGAGAAAUGGACCCAGUGUAGCAAACAUGACGUGUUCUGCGGAUACCUUUUGUGUACAAACACUGGCCGCAACCCACGCAUCGGAAUGAUGAAAGGGGAAAUAACCACCACUUUCUUUAACCAUAAAAAUGGGCAGAUAGAUUGCAGUGGUGGCCACGUCCUUCUGGACGAUGACACUGAUUUAGGCUACGUGGAGGAUGGGACUCCCUGUGGUCCGUCAAUGAUGUGCCUUGAUCGCAAGUGUCUGCCCAUCCAGUCACUCAACAUGAGCACCUGCCCCAGUGGACCUAAUGGACAGGUGUGCUCUGCCCAUGGGGUGUGCAACAAUGAAGCCACGUGCACGUGCGACACCACCUGGGCAGGGACAGACUGUAGCAUGCCUGACCCGCCUAAAGAGCCUCAGUCCUCUCAGGACGAAACGCCCAAGGGUCCUAGUGCCACCAAUCUAAUAAUAGGCUCCAUCGCCGGAGCCAUCCUUGUGGCUGCCAUAGUGCUGGGGGGGACUGGAUGGGGCUUUAAUCCGUUACUGUUUGAGGGUGAGACUUUAAAUGGAGUGGUGAGAGCGACAGAGGGAGAGAGAGAGAGAGAGAGAGAGACACUCACACAGAGAGAAGCCAGGACGUUUUUGUUGGUCGCAGCCUUUGUGCCAUGGCUAGCCACACCCACCUGGAGGGCCAGGCUGCACCCCUAGAGCAGAGCAGGACCUCUCUCGGACCCGCCCACACCGGCUGCCAUUGCUGCCUGCUUCACAGACCUGAAAUGUGAAGAAACGGAGGUACGACCCCAACGCCUCAGCCAUUUAACCCAGGGAGAGAUGGCUAUCACUGACGGACUGCUCCAAGGCUUCCUUAGUUGGCUACCUGACAGCUGGACUGCACUUACUGCUGCUGAUCUUUGGCAUUAGAUUUACUUGAACCAGACAUAGUGGACAUUUGAACAAAUUCCAUCGUAGUGACAUAAGAAACGCAGCCUUUUUCGACAUCACCUCACUCAUGUAACGACCCCACCCACCCACCCAACCACCCACCCUGAUCUCUAGAGUGACAGAGCUCCUCUUCCAUCCUUUUAGUGCCAGUGCACAGGCGUUCAGGCGGAAUCCACACCACUCUCUCACCUGGCAUGACUAUCCGCACAAAGUGUGCUGCUUGCUGGCCCCCCCGGCAUGAAGAGUCCUUUUUACAGGGCUCUGCAUGGCUACGAAAGCUACGAAUAUACUGCAAAAAAACAACAAAAAAACAUACAAAGAGAAAAAAAUCCAACAGAGGAGAUAGCCUCGUUAAAAACCAAACUCAGUGGAAGGCUGGUCGAAGCUCCUAUAGUUCACUAGGUGCUGUAGAUGAAUAAAGAAAGCUGCAUGUGUGGACCUAUAAGGGCAGUGCAGACCACAUAGUGAGUAAAUGCACACACACACACACACAAACACACACACACACAAUAUUGUACAUAAAUAAGGAGUUCAGGUUUGGAAUUAUCAGCAUAUUUUCAAAGGACAUCAAUUGCUUCUGUUUUUAUCUUAGCAUGUUGUAUAGCGGGUGUUUUUGGCAAUGUUACAGAAAAAAGAAAAGAAAAACUGCGCUUAUGAUUUGGGCUUAAAGUUUUCGCUGCACAGCCUGCUGGGAUUGUCUGGGAUGAGGUCAAAGGUCAGAUCACACCUCAGUGGACAAAGCGGCUGUGGUGUGGAGGAGAAGCAUGUCAGUUCUAGAGGGAUUUGGACUGAGAUCACGAUCAUGAGAUUCCCCUCCCCCUCCCCCCCCCCCCCCCCCCCCCUCAAGUAUCUUCAACAGUGUCUCAAAAGCCAAAGAUCCAAUCACCUGAACAUAUGGAUGUUGUUGCACACAGAGCACUUUCCCCUCUCUGUCUGCAGCCAGCGGUGCCUCUCCUACUGCUGAGGGCAUGAAGUCUGUCCACGCAGGCGCUCACCUGUCCAGCCAGGUCUUACUUAACAGUCCUCAUCAACACCCACUAUACUGGCUUAGCCUUUCGCUCUCAUUAACUCUUAAUAGAAGAUCAAGAUCCGCUCUACUGGUAACGCUGCAUGCAAUCACUAUAGUGGGCUUAUAAUUCUAUAUGGGAGUCCCCAAAAUCUGCAACAAAAAUAUGCUACAAAAAAGUAGGUGCAUGUCAACAACAGAAAACAUUUAACUUUUAUUUACUAUGCAAAGAGAGAUAUUGCACAAAAAGUAUGGGUAAUAAUGAUAUUGAUGUAGACAUGGAAUUACAAGAAAACGUCUGCUAAUCAGCUACUAUCUUUUGUAUCUGGCCCCUCCCACACGUCUUGUUUCAUUUCGCUUCAACAUACACAAUGAAUGAACAAAUAACAUUAAAAAAAAAAAAAGAGAAAAACACUGGAAUAAUAUUUCAAAUGAUAAACGAGAGAGCACCCUUUUACAUUUGUGGAACUGAAAAAUCAUUUUUGUGUGUUUUUCAUUCAGUCUGAUGUUUUUAAUCACACACGUGUAUACACACACACACACACACACACACACACACACACACACAUAUACACACAACACACUGUAUGGUGCCUGUACAUAUCGAGGCCUGAACAGUUUCCUUGUGCAGGGCUAUUAUUUCCCUUCCAGCUGAUGGUUGGUGUGUUCCAGGUGCUGCCAUAGCACUGGCAUCGUUGUAAUCCUCCAUGUUACUCAUUGUCUGGUGUCCCUCUCUCACUGCAUCAUGUACAGUUGGACCGAUGAAUAAACGA